AUGUCCAGGAAAUUUUGGCAAAGAUUUCUUUUCGUUCUACCUACCGCUUUAGCUUAUUUAGUUCUUUGUAUUCUCCUUCAAAAUGAGGCUUUGAGUGAACCUCUGAAUAACAAAGCUCGAAAUUUGUAUCAGUUUGGUAACAUGGUAAACUGUAUGACAAACAGAAGCAGAUUUGAUUAUGCUGACUAUGGUUGUUGGUGUGGAGCAGGAGGAAGCGGAAAGCCUGUGGACCACGUAGACAAAUGCUGUCAAAUUCAUGACAAAUGCUAUGACGUCGCCAUGGUCGAAAAGUGUUACUUUUAUUUUCAUGUUUAUUCCGUGAUUUAUAGAUACCAAGGAUGCAGGCAGUGUGAUCCUAUUUCCAGCUACCCCUCAUGGGAAGACAAAGUUGAUGUGGAAUGUAAGAAGGCCGUGUGUGACUGUGACAGCGAUGCUGCACUCUGUUUUAGUCAGUCUGUUUAUAACUCGUCUCUUUACAACUAUGACACAUCAAAAUGUUAGAUAAUGACUUAAAACGCGCAUAAAUAAACU